CACAUCAGCGUCACUGGAGCGAGCACGUCAAAUGAAGCCACGCCUACUCCUCAACGUUGUUGACUGCGGCGGAGACGCGCCAGAUCACUUGCAGCAUCUGUGAAGGACAUGACCGGACUAAACGGACAGAGAAUGGAUGCAAACGUUGUGGUACUCGGCACAGACAAUGUUGGAAAAUCUGCACUUAUUGUCCGAUUCCUGACUCGUAGAUUCAUCGGGGAAUAUGGGGAUAUUGAGUCCCUUUACACUCACAAUGUUGUUGUCGAUGGACGAGAGCAAACUUUGAAUAUAUGGGAUGCACCAUAUUCACAGCAGGAUCUGUCUUCCGAGUCCUUGAUGUACGAAAAGAGAGUCCAGUGGGCAGAUGGCUUUGUGCUGGUCUACAGCGUCUGUGACCGAGCCAGUUUCAACGCGGUCUCCAGACUUAUUCAAAUAAUCAAAACCAAUAAAGACAUUCUGGGCGUUGAGAAGAUGCCCAUAGUUAUUGUGGGAAACAAGAGGGACCUGGACCACCGUCGUACAGUCCUCAGCGAAGAGGGCAGUAUUCUUGCGCUCUCUGCAGACUGUCAGUUUUAUGAGGUCUCCGCUGCUGAGAACUACCACAGUGUCCUCAUGGUUUUCCAUGGGCUGGUGCAUCGCAUCAGAGAGUCCAGGGUGUCUGUGAAAAAGUUAGCAGGCAUCAAGGGCAUUGUGAAGAGCAUGUCUGCAGUGUUCACCCGCAGGCGGACAGAUUCGCUGUGAAGCUAAUGGGAGCUCUGGAAAUAAAGCCUAUGUGGUCUGAUAUGACCUAUUUUAGAUCCAUUGAGAGGGAUGAGCUGUUGCUGUGGCCUGCAUGAGAGUCUGGGAUCUCUCAUGUGACUACAGCUGGAUCUUCCGUGUGGGUAACUAAGAGAUUGACCUAGUUUGUCUGCCAAGGCAAUGGCUUCCAUUGAGAACGUGUUGAGAUCAGAGAGUUCUCAAUAGAAUACUUAAUAUCAGUCAUAAAUGGAGUGAAUAUUCCAUUGUUUGAGGAUAAAUAUGUAAUUUAACCUCCUUUUCUUACUUUAAAAAGAAAAGAUCAGCCUGAAAUAAAAAUCUGCUGAAACAUUUCUCACCCUUAGGCCAUCCAAAAAAUUCAUCUAAGCAGAUCUGGAGAAAUGUAUAAUUUGCUCACCAGCAGAUUCUCUGCAGUCAAUGGGUGCUGUCGAAAUGAGAGUCCAAACAGCUGAUAAAAACAUCAUAAUUCACAAGUGAUCUACAUCAACAAAUGUUUUGGACUGUUUUUGCUUCUAAACUCUAUUUGAUCUGUGAAUAUUUCUCUUGAAUCAGAUGAGAUGACUUUUACAUUGGAAUAAACAUAAUUAUGGAUAGAGGACUUGUAAUCAAGUGGUUUGACAUUACAAUUACAAAGUGUAAUUUAAUGGUUGCAGUCGUGUUGAUUACUUGUGGAUUAUUGUGAUGUUUUUAUCCGCUGUUUUAAAUCGCAUUCUGACGGCUCCCAUUCACUGCACAGGAUCCACUGGAAAGCAAAUUAUGUAAUGCAAAAUUUCUCCAAUUCUGUUCAGAAUAAGAAAAAAUCUCAUCUUCAUCUUGGCUGACCUGAGGGUGAGUAACUUUUAAACACUUGUUACUUGUAAACAGGAAAGAUGUCAGUGCUUCUGCAAAGACUCGUGAAUGUUGGAAGAAGGUAAACACUGGUGAUGACGGCCGUGGGAAUCUUUCAUGAUUCAAUGCUGGUGUGCUGUGGCCUAAAUAUAAAAGCUGACGCAAGACAACAUUGUCUUAUGCUACAUUUAUCAAAUACAAAAGGCUCCAACAGAAUCGGCUGCUAUCAUUCAAGGAGCUGUUAUCAGCUCAAGGCCGUCUUGCAGUUCAUUUACAAUGUUUGAUGAUUGCGUCUGUGUGCAUUCAGAUAACAGCACAGAAUGGGUUUUUUCCCAGCUUCUUUUCUGAGGCUGUUUAAGUGCUUUAUGGAGAACAUGUAUUGGUUUCUAGACCACACUGUUUAAUAAUUCUUGGGCUAUAAAGCUAAUAAAUCAAAGAAACAUUGUACAGUGCAAUGUUACAAUCAGUAAAUUAAUAUGCUGUAUUUGUAUUGAAUGCUUUGUUACACUAAAAUCACGUUGUCAAUGUUAUCUAUGGUUGAAGAAAGUUUACAGGUAGAAGUUUAAACAAAUGCAACGAAUACAUGGUGUACAGCUGUAUUUAUUUAUCAACAAUCUAAACAAAAUGUAUAUAUAUUCAUAGACCACAAUCAGGCAUUACAAGUAUGCAUGUAAACAUUUGAUUAGCUCUUUAUGCUAUAACUAAAGAGGCGUUUGGACAAAUUAAGUUCAAUGGUAAUAUUAAUUCCAUAAAUAAUUUAACUUAAUAGUGAAUAACCUUUGCUGUAAUGACUUGCUGUAAUUGUCAAUCUGGUAUCUUUAAAGUGAACCACAACAAUCUGAGGACUUCACUCAAACAUUAAAUAGGCAGAGACAUGGCAAAAAUCUGAUUAUGGAGUAUUGAAUUUAUUCCUUUACUUAAUGGGUUGGUUUUCUUUUUAGCCGAGUCACAUCUGUGCAGUCGUGUAAUGAUCAGUUCUCAUUCCUCAAAUCUGGGUUUUUCAAGGGAUGUCUGACUGAAAAAUUGUAUGAUCACCAAUUGCUGUGAAUAAAAAAAAUAUUGAAAAUUA